CGCGGCUCCCGGAGCACGCAGUGCGGCGAUCGGCGGUGCGCUGUGUCGGCUCAGUCAUGUUAUCAGCUGUGUCCAAUCACAGCUGAUCACAUAGGGGACAUGUACACAGAUCAUCAGAGCACUGAUGAUCACCCCAGCAGUGCCACCUGUCAGUGUCCUUCAGUGUCAGCUCUCAGUGCUCAUCCAUGCCACCUGCCAGUGCCCAUCAGUGCCACAUCAGUGCCACAUUUCAGUGCCCAUCAGUGCCACAUCAAUGCCACAUAUCAGUGCCCAUCUGAGCUGCCUUUCAGUGUCACCCAUCAGUGCCAGUCAGUACCACCUAUCAAUGCCAGUCAGUGCCACCUAUCAGUGCUGCCAAUCAGUGCCACCUAUCAGUGCCAGUCAGUGCCACCUAUCAGUGCCAGUCAGUGCCGCCUAUCAGUUUGCAUCAGUGCCGCCUAUCAGUGCCCGUCAGUG